ACCUGUUCCCAAGAACUACCAACACAUUCUGGCUUUGGCAUUUGCCAUCCAGGAGGUCAACAAAGACCCACAGCUUCUCCCCAACAUCACCCUGGGCUUCCGCAUCUAUGAAGACAACCACUAUGCAAGCAUGACUCCAGAUGUCAGCCUGUCUCUGCUCUCCAGCCGAAGAAAAUUGUUUCCUAACUAUAAGUGUGACACACAGGACAACCUUCUGUCUGUCCUUGGGGGUCUCAACUCCAGAAACUCAUAUCAGAUGGCAACCAUAUUUGGCAAUUUCAAGGUUUCUCAGCUAGGUUAUCGCUUCUCUGACCCUGUUUUGGGGGAUAAGAGCCUGUUCCCCAUCUUCUACCAGAUCGAUCCCCAAUAUCACCUACAGAAUGCAGCCAUUAUGCUCGCCUUCUUGAGAAACAUCCUUUUCAACAACACUGCUUGGGAGGAAGUCUCCUUUUCAGAAACUGGAAUGAAAUACGCAGGAUUUGACCUCCUCAACUGGGUCGUCUUUGCAAAUAUGACGAUCCUUCGACAGAAAGUUGGAUGGGUCAAUCCGGAAGCUCCUUCAGCUGAAGGUUUCAACAUCAACCCCGAUGCCAUCGUGUGGGCCAACCAGACAAAGCCUUUCUCUCGUUGUGUGAAGCGCUGCCUUCCAGGACAAGCCAGGAAAGUUGCAGAGGGGAGGCCCAGUUGUUGCUACGGAUGUGCUUCUUGCCCAGAAGGGACCAUUUCUAAUGAAACAGACGCUGCCCAGUGCAUCCCAUGUCCAGAAGACCAACACCCGAACAAGAACCACAUCCUGUGCAUUCCCAAGACCAUGAACUUUCUCUCCUAUGAGGAUACACUUGGCUUCAUUUUAGUUUCUCUAGCCCUUGUCUUCUCUUUGAUCACAAUCCUCGUGUUGGGAGCCUUCAUCAAACACCACAACACACCCAUCGUCAAGGCGAACAACCGAGAUCUUACCUAUAUCCUCCUGGUCUCCCUCCUGCUUUGCUUCCUCUGCUCCUUCCUCUUCAUCGGGCAGCCAAGGUACCUCACUUGUCUCCUCCGACAAACCACUUUUGGCAUUGUCUUCUCCAUUGCUAUUUCAUCUCUGUUGGCAAAAACUCUGACUGUAGUGCUGGCCUUCAUGGCUACUAAGCCAGGAAACAGGGCAAGAAAGUUCUUGGGGAAGCAACUGAUCAUAGUCCUGACUUGUCCCCUUCUGCAAACAGCUCUUUGUGCUUUCUGGUUGGCAUUCUCCCCCCCAUUUACUAAUUUGGACUUUCAUUCUUUGAAGGGAGAAAUUGGGAUGGAAUGCAAUGAAGGUUCAACCACCAUGUUUUAUGCUGUGCUCGGCUACAUGGGUUUUCUGAGUCUCAUCAGCUUCAUAGUGGCUUUUCUGGCCAGGAAGCUGCCUGACAGCUUUAAUGAAGCCACGUUCAUUACUUUCAGCAUGCUGGUCUUCUGCAGCGUUUGGGUCUCCUUUCUCCCCACCUACCUGAGCACAAAAGGGAAGUCCAUGGUGGCCGUGGAGAUCUUCUCCAUCUUGGCCUCUGCAGCUGGUCUGCUGAGUUGUAUCUUUUUCCCCAAAUGCUAUGUUAUAAUGCUGAGGCCAGAUCUGAAUAAUAGAAUUCACCUCAUGAGGAAGGUUAAGUAG